AUGGCACCUGUUUUGGGUGUCGAAAGUGAAAUAACUAGGUCACCUUCUCUGUCAAUAUCCAUUGCAGCAACUGAUAGAAUUUUAUUACCUGCUAAAUGGUUUCAAGAAUCCAUAUCAACAGUUGAUGAAUUUCUUUUAUCCGUUCACAAUAAAAUUCACUUGGUGACAAAGGAUAAUACUAUUAUGCCAAGUGAUUACUUUAUGACAUUUAAAACACAAAGAAAAACAGGUGCCAGCACUCAGUUGGUCAAUGAACAAGACUUCAUCAAGUUCAAAUUGGAAUAUACAAAAUUAGCUACUAGAAAAAGUGAUAUUGGGAUUUAUGUUACAAUUUCACAACCCUCUAUCACUAUUUCUCAAAAUAAGCAAAAAAAAAAGGAAUCAGAUUUAAAUGAACAUGAAAAAAAUACUGAACAAUCUAACAAUUACAAGAAUAAUAAUCGAGUCCCAAGUGUUUCAUCUUUAUCUGUAUAUGAUAAGGAAAUUGCCAAAAACAUGUUAACAAUUAGAAAUGCAUACUACUUAAUGUGCAUAAUCAUCCCUACCUUAAUAAAGAAAAUUACAAAGAUUUGUAUAUUGAGAUUAUAUUUAUGA